AUGUCGGCCUUUGGAGGCUUUGGAGGCUUCGGCGCGAACAACAACAACAACACUAACAACACCACCCAGUCCAGCGGUUUCGGUGGAUUUGGCGCGAGCAAUACCAACAACACUGCAACUGGUGGUUUCGGUAGCGGGGGCUCAGCCUUUGGCCAGACUGCCAACACCAACACUGGCGGUGGUCUAUUUGGCGGAGGCGCAGCGACGACCAACACAGGUGGAGGCUUUGGUUCCUCAACAAGUGGCGGCUUCGGCGCGAACAGCAACACCGGCAACACGAGCGGGUUCGGUGCCAACAAAGCGUUCGGAGGCGGAUCCCUCUUCGGUAGUGGCACACAGCAAAACACAGGCAGUAGCUUCGGAGGAUUCGGAGCUACCGCAAACAAUACCACGACCAACACGGGUGGCUUUGGUGCCGCCGCCAGCAACACCGGAGGAGGCUUGUUCGGCAGCACCACUGCGGCAAAGCCGGCAUUUGGGUCUACCGGUACUACGGGGGGUUUGUUUGGCGGCGGUAACAACGCGACAACAACCACCAAUACUGGCUUUGGAAGUGGUGGCUUCGGCGGUGGCAGCACCUUGGGCGCAAGUACUGACACGCCCCCUGGGACGGCUGGAACCGGUUUCCAGGCGCACACCGAAAAGGAGGCCAAUUCUUCCGUGACGAAUUCGUUCCAGAAUAUUCUGUUCCAAGACCCCUACAAGAAGUGGUCCAGCGACGAGCUACGACUAGCUGAUUACGCUCAGGGACGCCGUCAUGGUAACGGAGCAACUGGCGGAGGCGGCGCUUUCGGCGUGAGCUCUGGGUUUGGAGGAGGAGGCUUCGGCGCCAACACGACAACACAGCCAAGAACUGGCGGAGGUCUCUUCGGCAGUAGCAACAACACCACGAGCAACACCGGAGGCGUCUUUGGAUCGGCCAACAACACGAACACAUCCACCUUUGGCCAGUCGAACCAGACUGGGUUCGGCGCUGGCACGAGCAACACUGCUACCGGAGGAGGCCUAUUUGGUAGCAAACCCGCAGGUGGCGGCCUCUUCGGUUCAGGCACCACUUCCCAACCCCAGAGCACUGGGUUUGGAGCUGGUAACACUGGUGGCGGGUUUGGCGCGACGAACACGACCAAUACUUCGGCCUUUGGCGGCAGUGGAACCACUGGCGGUGGCCUGUUCGGCAACACCAACCAGAACAAACCGGCGGGAGGUCUCUUCGGCAGUUCGUCGACCAACAACACCACAGGCGGCUUUGGAGGCAAUACAACAAGCGCCUUUGGCCAGAACACCAACACCGCCAUUACAGGCGGCGGUUUGUUUGGAGGCAGCAACACCCAGCAGAGCAACACGGGCGGCGGCCUCUUUGGGGGUGCGAACAACAACACCCAACAGCAGAAUACAGGAGGCGCAUUUGGUGGUUUCGGACAGAAUCAAAACACCCAGCAGCAAGCCAGCGGAGGUCUUUUCGGGGGCAACCAACAAAAACCUGGAGGACUGUUCGGCAGCACCCCGCAGCAGAGCAACACUGGUGGUGGCGGUGGUCUUUUUGGCAACGCCAACAACAACCAGCAACAAACGAAUGCCUUCGGCGGUGGUGCUAGUAACACGAACACUGGGGGUGGUUUGUUUGGUAGCAAGCCUGCUGGUGGCGGUGUCUUCGGACAGCCCGCUCAGCAAAACACCGGCGGUGGCGGCCUCUUUGGCAACGCCAACCAGCAGACCAAUACGGGUGGAGGGCUCUUUGGCAAUGCGAAUAACAACCAGAGCAACGAGCAGAAACCCAGCCUGUUUGGCGGCAGCACCACUCAGAACACUGGAGGAAUGUUCGGCGGCCAAACCAACCAAGGCACUGGCGGAGGCAUGUUCGGUAACAGCACGAACCAACAAAACCAGGGUAUGGGCAACUCGAUGCUGGGCAACUCACAGAGCGCUCCCCAAGGUCUGACGGCCAACCUCAACGACGUUUCGGCGUAUGGUAGCCCGUCACUCUUCACCAAUGUCAGUGGCAAUGAGAUUGCUAACCCUGGUCCGCUUGCGACGCCUCUUAAUGCGAGCUCCAAGCCCAAGCGAAGUUCUAUCCUGCCAAUGUACAAGCUAGCUCCCGCCUCUGCCUCUCGCUUUGCCACACCGCAGAAGCGUGGUUUCGGGUUCUCCUACAGCACGUACGGUACCCCUGGUGGUAGUCCUGCUAGUAGUAUAGCCAGCACACCAGGUACGGCCGGUCGCAGCUUGCUCGGAGCGAGCUCCAGUGGAUCGCUGAGCAAGAGCGUGUCAGUGAGCAACCUUCGCCGGAGCUUUGCCAACGAGGAAAGCGCACUCUCGCCUGCCGGUAUCGGCACCACCACCAAUGGGUCACGAUGGUACGGCAGCACUGGCUCGAAGAAGCUCGUCAUCAACCGCGAUCUCCGUACCGAUCUCUUCUCAACGCCACAAAAGGAGAGACCGGCCAUCGAGGCGGGAUCGAGCCAGCGCAAGGUCGUUCAGAAGCGGGUCAGCUUCGACACUAUGGACGCCGGCGACGAACAGCCUGUCCGCGGAGCCCUUCCAGCGGCCGAGGAGGAACAGGAUGCCCAGGCUGACGAAACGCCUCGUCAGAACCGUAUCUCCAGUGGCAAAUCCUCUUCUACCCCCGAUGUCGACGCUUCUAUGGUUGAGGAGGAGGAUAACAUGGCCACUCCCGGCCGACGCUCCUCAGCUGGCGUCGACGACCUCGUCCCUGGCGAGUACUGGUCUGUCCCAUCAUUUGACGAGCUGGAGCAGUUGAACCGAGUCCAGCGUACCAAGGUUCCCGAACUCAAGGUUGGUCGUGUCAACGUCGGUCAUGUCCAGUUUCUUCAGCCUGUCGAUAUCAGCGCCUUUUCCGUUGAUGAGCUUCGCGGAGGCGUCAUUGUAUUGGAGCCUCGUUCAGCUACCGUCUACCCUCAGAACCAUAAGAAGCCACCUGUUGGACACGGUCUCAAUGUCCCCUCGCGUAUCAAGCUGGAGCAGGCAUGGGCCCGAUCCGGCCGCGACAGGAAGAUCACCAAAGAUGAUCGGAGACUGGCAAAGCACAUCAACAAGCUGAAGAGCAUGCCCGACACCCACUUUGAGCACUAUGACCCGAGGACGGGUGAGUGGACGUUCACUGUCGACCAUUUCACAACGUAUGGCAUGGACGACGACGACGACGACGACGAAGACGAGUCGACGAUGCCACCUCAGGAAGAGCCGAAGGCAUUGACCGAGUCUCAGCACCUAGCUCUGGACGCGUCGAUGUCUUCUUCCAUUGGAGAUGACACCUUUCAGUUCAGGCGAUCCCGAGGUUUGCCGGGCGCUUUCGACGAGCCCGAGGUGAACAUGCUCGUUACGGACAACCAGGCUGCAGCACCGAAGGAGUCUUUUUUAGGGGUUAGCUCCGCGGAUCCUGCACAAAAUGACGUUUGGCUUUCCCUCGAGGAGGAGCAGGCCGAGCCCAUGAGUGAAGGAUAUGACGUGUCCGAUGAAGAGUCGACGAGCUCCAUCGCCGGACAGCAUCUUGCCGCGGAGCAUGAUUAUGUUUCGUCAGAGGAGGACUUUGACCAGGAAGAGCCUGCAAAGGGCACCCCUGGCGGCGUCCUCCGUGCGAGGAUGAGGGCCCUGAAGGAGUCGGCGGGCCCUGCCAACUUUGAAGUCGCAGACGGCGACGACUGGGCCGAGAUGCUGAAGAAAACGGUCAGCCCGGCCAAGAGAGACCGUCGCAUGCUCAAAGAACUCAACGACGCCUCGCCCACCCGUCAGACAGGCCUCGAUAUUUUUGCGGAGCAGGAGGCAGGCGACGUCGAUCUGAGAAAGUCGUCCAUUUGGAAAAGGAACACAACAACACAGAAGAAGGAUGCCUUUGCAGCUAACACUGUUGGCGCUGACAAAGGACGUGGUUUCGCGACAAGCAUCGAUCUCAUGAACUCAUUGUUCGAGAGGCCUCAACCCAAGCCGAAGACUGCAGCGUCUAACUUGCGGUCUUCCGUCUCGGCCACAAAAGGCUUCCCUCAGUUCCCGUACGCCCGACACGACAAGGCCAUUGUGAUCGAUGAAGAAAAGCAAGCUUUCCACGACGGUGGUUGUCCGAGAUGGGGACCAGGCGAGACACUCGUGGUCCCUCGGUUCAAUGGAUCCCAGCACAUGCGACGGUCCCUGCGCGAAGUCUCCGAUAUCCUUACGCUUCACAAGUCGUCCAUCCAAAGCUCCCACCAGACCUUGCGACUGGGCAAAUUCUCGACUGUUUCCUCGAAGACGCUUCUCCAGAACCAGGAUAAGCUGACUGUUGUCACUCUACAAGACGGUGUGCCGUUGGCCCAGCUCCAAGCGUCCAGCGUGCAGGAUGUCUUUCAUCACCGCAACAUGAGCGACUCGUCAAGCCUGCACGAGAAGCGGACUUGGGAGCUUGCCAGCAUUCUCUUUGAUGAGCAGAGCGAGCCUGGCAGCCUGCGCAAGGCCCGUUUGUCAGUCUUCUGGAAGGAUCUGGUUGAUCAGGCCUCCUCGGUGCUGGUCGGUCUCGCUGGAUCGAAAGAGCAGAAGGCUCUCGCGUCUCUGGCCGGGCACCGAAUUACCGAUGCCUGCAGAUACCUCCUCGAGGGGCAGAACUUUCACCUGGCAACCAUGGUACCGCUCAUUGGCGCUGGCGACUCAGCCAAAGAGAAUAUGCGUGAGCAGGUCAAGGGGUGGCAUGACUCGAAGAUGCUAUCUGAGUUCUCCGAGCCCAUUCGGGCCAUCUAUGAGCUACUCGCUGGUAACCCCAGUGUCUGUGAUGGCAUGAAGAAUGGUCCCGUGGAGGAUCGCGUCGAGUCCUUUGUUAUCUCGAAGAGGUUUGGCCUGAACUGGAAACAGGCCUUUGGUCUCCGUCUGUGGUACGGCAUGUCGCAAAGUCAGGAUCCUGCGGAAGCCAUCAAGCGAUUUGCCGAGGAUAUCGAUCAGGACCGCGAAGAUCUGCCUAAGCCUUGGUAUAUGGAGGAAGGCAUCGAUGCCUUGUGGUACGACUACGGGGCCCAUCACCGCCAGGACCUCAUGUGGGGACUCAUGCAAAUCUAUGCCAACCCCAGUGCCGACCUCGAAGCCGUCCUGCGUCCGGAGAAUUCGCAGCUGUCCCCUCUCGAUAUGAGGCUCACUUGGCAGCUUGGUGUGGCACUCUGCGCCACUGGCAAGGUCAAAUUCGGAGAGAAGAAUGCGGAGAAGGCUGAUGCCGCGACCAUUUCGUAUGCCGCACAACUGACGAGCGCCGGGGAGUGGCUUGAGGCGACAUUCGUUUUGCUUCACCUGAGCGACCCUUCUGCCCGCAAGAUGGCCAUUCAGGACCACCUGUGCCGCCACGCCGGUCUGAUCGAACCUGAUUCAGACACCUUCGCCCUUCUUGCAGACCGUUACCAAAUCCCCUCCGCGUGGAUCUGGGAGGCCCUCGCCAUAUACAUGCGUAGUGUCAAGCAAGAUCCCACCGCGGAGGUCCAAUGCCUCGUCAAGGCAGGCGCUUUCUCCGAGAGCCACCAUGUGCUGACGACCAAAGUUGCGCCCAAGGCUAUCAUCGAGCGGGACUACGCCAGCCUGGCGGCUCUGCUGUCGCAGUUCGAUGAGCACCUCCACAUGGUCCCCGAGUGGCACCAGGGCGGUAGCAUCUACAGCUUGUUCCUGACACUGGUGCAGCACCGCAGCCGGGGUGAAACGGCUCCUCGGUCGGUGGUGGAGAAACUCUUGGCUGGCUUGCAGAACGAGCAGGUGUCUGGUGACAAUAUUAUUCGCUAUGCCGCUCUGUCAGACAUGGCGAACGAGACCGCCAAGGAGAUUGUCAAGUUGACUAGAAACCAGCAGGUGAGUAAACCAGGUCUCUCGAGUUCCGAGUAUGUGGCUUACGAAUACCAGGAUGGCGACUUCCGAUCGCGGAUACUCAAUCUGCCGCUGACGCAGGAUCGUCUGCUGGCGUAUUCGGUGGAUUUAGGGAUGGAGCGAUACAGGGAGGUCAUGUCGCACUGAGGAAUCGUUCAUGUAAGAUGUUGUCUUUAGCAGGUAGGGGAAAAAGGAAGGGGUCCGCAGCUCUCUUGUUUUGCAAUUAAGAUCUGGUAUAUUAUAAUCCGUAGCAUGAUGAUAGAUAGCUCGGGGCGAAGGAAAUCAGAGAAUCCUUGUGCCAUAUCGCAUGAUCCGCCGCUGUCACGACGGAUGACUCAGCCUUGUAUUGCACUAUACUCAUGUAGCGUGAUGGAUUUGGUCUUUGACUGGCAACAAUUUCACCAUCGCCAUGCCUAAGCCGAAGAACUGGCCCCCUGCCCUACGCUACGUCUCGGCCCCAUCACAGGACAAAGGGUUCACGCGACGGAUUAAGUGGUGCUUAAGACGCAGCCGCCCUCGAUCCCCACUGUGCCUGCAUUAGCAAUAUCUCUGCCGGAGUGUUGCAAGUGCUGCAUGUGC